AUGGCAGAGGCCUCCCGUGCAAGCGCUGCCAACCAGGAGCCGAGCGGCGCGUCCGGAAAGGUAGAGGAACUGCUUUGCAAGCCUUUCGACGAGGCAUUGAAACAUUGCCCCGCGCUGGCUGAGUACAUUCAGAAGAACAGCACGGAGGACAGUGGGAAGCUGGAAAAAGAGUUUCGAGAGCACUGGCACCGCGAGGCUCCGCAAGAGCUUCGGCAAGUCCUUGAAGAGAUCGUGGACCCUGAGGCAGCAGCAGCUAAUGUGGCGGAGACCGAGGCUUUUCUGCGCAAUCGUACUCCGCUGGUUGAGGAUCUACUGUCCGAAGGCGCUGAGCAAUCUGCAAGUUCAGAUCGGCUCGUGGUUAGACAGGAGCUGAGUCGGGAACAAGGCCUUGACAUUGACCAUGACCAGGAGGACGAUCAGUUUGCUGAUCUUGAUAUAGCCUCUGCAGUCGACCGGUUGCUUUCAUUGUCCUUUGAAGCAGCCAUGAAGACGAGCGUGGAACUGAGAGAUUACGUGAGAAGUCCAAAACGAAGCAAGGACGAGAUCGCCGACUUGGAGGCGGAAUUUGCACAAAAUUGGAGCUUGGAGGCUCCCACAGAACUGCGUGACAUCUUGGAAGAGCUCCUCUUCCCGGAUGUGGUUGCUUCCCGUCAAGCACGGGAAUCUCGUGCACCGAUCGCACGCCUCUGA